AUGGCACUCCCAGCUGGUAUCCCGACGCUCGAGGCCUCCCGAACGAAAAACCUCACACGCUCAGACAAUGUCUUCUGCUCUACUGACCUCAUUGAAUCCCUCAGAUCCUGCAAGACAGCACCUCACCUGCGCCCCACCAAGACCGACCACUUUCCCAUCCACACGAUCUUCGAUCUACCACUUGCAUGCUCCGUUCUGCCGCUGCGACGCAACUUCAGAGACGUGGACUGGAAGGCAUUCAAUACUGCCCUCCGUGUUGCACUGCAGGACAGCGCACUUCCGGAGGAGAUCCAGACGACGGACGACUUCGAUCGCACAUUAUCCCUACUGAUGAAGGCCAUCAACAGGGCGGUUGAAAAGGAGGUCCCCUACUCCCGGCCAUCGCCUUUCUCCAAGCGAUGGUGGUCUAAGGAGCUCGCUGCCAUGCGCAAGAUCAAGCAGCGGCUUGGCUGUAUAGCUCACAAGCACCGGCAUCUGUAA